UGCGCCCGUGCGCUUGAAUCCCGCCGUCUUGAUCCAGAUGGACCAGCAGAGAACUCAGGCCCUCCUUCAGUUCAUGGAUAAGGAGGGUCUCGUGCCGACUCUGGAGGAGGAGAUGAAGAGGCGAGAUGUGAUCGAUCAGCUCAAGCAGGUCUUUCAGUUUAGAUUAUUGCGCAAAUUUACUAUCUCUAUCUCGAUAGUGUUGACAUGGACAAAGAAGGUGGCUUGGCAACGUCGUCUCCACAAGGAUGUGGUUGCUUGCACAAGUGCAACAGUUUUGACAUACGGUUCAUAUGGUCUAGGAGUCCAUGGAUCUGAAUCUGAUAUUGAUGCUUUAUGUGUUGGCCCUUAUUUUGCAACAAUGGAAGAGGACUUUUUCAUUGUUCUACGGAAUAUGCUGCAAAGCAGGCCAGAAGUGUCAGAAAUUCACUGUGUCAAGAGUGCCAAAGUUCCACUGAUGCGCUUUAAAUUCAAUGGGAUCUCAAUUGAUUUUCCAUAUGCUCAGCUUCAAGCAAUCUCUGUCCCUCAAGAUGUGGAUAUUUUUGAUGACUCCUUGGUGGUAGCUGAUGAAACCAGUUGGAGAAGCCUAUCUGGCAUACGUUCCAAUAGACGUAUCCUUCAACUAGUGCCAAAUUUGAAGAAUUUCCAGUCUAUGUUGCGAUGCAUUAAAUUAUGGGCCAGAAGACGUGGAGUUUAUUCACAUUUACUCGGCUACUUUGGAGGGAUUCAUUUGGCGCUCCUUGCAGCUUAUGUUUGUCAGAGGCAUGCUAAUGCCAGUUUGAAUGUUCUCAUAAGCAUUUUCUUUGACACCUUUUUGCACUGGCCUUGGCCUAUGCCAGUGAUGCUGCAAGAUCGAUCUAUACCAUUCAAGUAUCCUGAUGGGCGCCUGCUCAUGCCUAUAAUGAUGCCUUGUCGGCCAUUUGAGUUUUGCAAUUCUAAUAUUUCAGUAAGCACCUUCCGCAGAAUCAUGGAAGAGUUUCAGCGGGGGUUUAAUAUGACCAAGGAUGUUGGUAGGGUGGAUUUUGACUGGAGCUGUCUCUUUGAAGCAUAUCCUUACACAAAGAAGUAUGAUCAUUUUGUACGAAUAUUCCUUGCUGCUCCUGAUGGUGAUGAAUUACAUGACUGGGUGGGAUGGGUGAAGUCGCGCUUCCGCAGUCUGCUUCUCAAGCUAGAGAACGUACAAGGAUUCUGUGACCCAAAUCCUACUGAAUAUGUCGAUCAGAAUGUGGCUGAGCCUAACACGGUAUUCUACUGGGGCUUGUUACCUAAUGAGACCAUCUUCAUGGACACCGACUCUGUUAAAGAGGACUUCAUGAAUAGUGUCUACAAGGAUCUUUAUGCUGACAAGAGUUCCCGCUGUAAACUGGAAUUGUCAAUUGUCGAGUCUGCCCAGCUUCCUAAACAUGUGCAGAUCGGCUCAGGGGGCACAAAGGGAUCAAAGGCAUGCUGGAGAAUAUUGGAUUACAACCAUUUGAGAAAACCUGUUUACUCACAGUAUCUCCCGCACUAUUUUGUGGGUUACGUGGCAUCCGACAAGAAGUACCAUAGUGCUAUUGGAUAAUCAGUCAGCUUAGUCAAAAUGAUUUGGUGGAGGAUGCAUUGUCAUUCUUCAUGGGGUCGAGUUUUGAUUUCGGACGUUGGAUUUGUGACAUAUCUCGUCUUUUGGGCUCCUGCAUGCUUCUCAGAUUGUGAAUUUAGAGGAUAUGCUUUGUGGACACCUGCAGACGGAGGUCAGUGGGGUUACCAGCUUUGGGUCGUAAAAGAGUGCACAUAUUAACAGGGGGUAAUUGGAUUUUAUUUGUUUGUGUUACCCUAGAACUGUAAAUGAUCUGUGUUGUUUAAAUUAGUGACAUUCUUUUUUCAAAGCCAAUACAUAUGUAUCUCCUUUUUGAACCAGUAAUUUCAGGUUCAUGAUUGGAGUUAUUGAGAGAACCGUGUCAGAUGAUUUCACCACUUAUUAUUGAUGGGUGUCAUCUUCAUGCUAGGUUUGGAACCGUGAUGUUACGAGUAAAGCUCUAUCUUUUGCGCCUUGUCCUGCCCUCAUAUCUGUCGCUUGUGAACUCAUUGUAUUGGAUCCUUAAUAAUGUUUUUAAGUGGACUUCUAGUUA